AUGUGAUGGUAGUUGGUCGAGCGUUUGCCUUGCGACGCCAAUCACUCGCCCCGCCUUUGAGGCGGCCUAAAGAAUAUUUUCAGAGGCGAAUCGAAGCAAAAGCAGGGAUGACAGUACUACCUCGAGGUCGUCGAACGUCAGACCGAAAGUCCCGACCAUCACUCGACUUUCCAACGGCUGUUCUUGAGAGUUGUUAAUGUCAGUGAUCACAAGACAUGCGCACUGCUGAUGACACGAAUGAAGGAGGCAAAUCGACUACCAUCGCCGACCGAUUCCAGCUGCUUUGUGUUUUCUGGAGAGAACAGCAAGCUUCGGAACUGCAAAAGUUAUUCUGGGUUUUCUCCUUACGCUCUUGCACGACUUGCACGGAUUUUUCCCUACGUUUGUUAA